AUGAAUUCACAACAACAGAGAAUUGAGACUGCUGUUGAUGGUACUGUCUCUGAUCAUUGCGAUUUCUUCAAUCAUUUGCUUAUUGGAAAAAAAAAUGUUGCCAUAGAAAUAGAUGGUGUGGAAACAAGAGAUGAUCAUGACAAUCACCACCAAGAAUUACCCUCGUUGUGCAAAAGGCAUUUAGUUACUUCAGUUCAAGACGAGGUGCAUCCAAGGAAGAGUUUAGCUGCAUAUAUGGAAUUAGUUGAUGCUGCGCAACGUAUAAGAGCUGCAUUUAGAGCACAAACAGAAAAAGAAAUAAAGGAAUUUAAAUUUUUCAAUCAAGAUAAUGAAUCACGUAAGAGAGUUGCUGCAAUCAAGAUUCAACAUGCCUUUCAUAAGUACAAAGCAAGGAAGAUGGCUGAUGCUGCUACUCGCAUCCAGCGUACCUUCCGUGCAAAGAAGAUUCGCAAAAAUCAACAAACUGUUAAAUUUGUGUUCAGUCAGAAAUCUCAAUUAUGUAACUCUGAGUAACAUAGUUAACCAUAGUUGGAUAGUUUGAUUAAAAACUGUUAAACUUGUAUU